ACUGAUCAGAUGCAAACAGAAUCUUUGCCUUCAUGUCCCAACACCGUGUCACCGGUGAGGUUAAACAAUCUGAUCGGUUCUCCAAGGUUCGGAACAGUUACUCCAAAUCGUGUCUUUGUUGGAGGAAUUGAUUUUAAGACUAAUGAAAAUGACCUGAAGAAGUUUUUUGCUCAGUAUGGCAGUGUGACAGAAGUGAAGAUAAUAAAUGACAGAGCUGGAGUAUCAAAGGGGUAUGGCUUUGUUACAUUUGAAACCCAAGAAGAGGCACAGAAGAUUUUACAAGAUGCUAAAAAGCUCAACUAUAAGGAUAAGAAAUUGAAUAUUGGACCAGCAAUAAGAAAACAAGUGCGGAGUCCUAAUGCUCGUUCUGCUGUGACACCACAAGCUGGUACAAUGUAUGCAACUACUGCUGUAUCACCAGAAGCUGGUACAAUGUACUUGACCACUUCCAGUGGAUAUCCAUAUGUUUACCAUAAUGGAGUGGCUUAUUUUCAUACAUCUGAAGUCUCUCCUGUUCAGCAGCCAUGGCCAUCUCGCUCUGUUUCCAGUUCACCUGUGAUGGUUGCUCCACCUGUUUAUCAGUCUCCUACAUACCAUUAUCAGGCACCAACACAGUGUCUUUCAAGUCAGUGGCAGUGGUCUGUUCCACAGUCUCCUACCUCUUCACCUCCACUCCUGUACCUGCAACCAUCUGAAGUCUUUUAUCAGCCAAUAGGAAUUAACCAGGAAGGUGGAUGUAUAUCUCCACCUCUCCUAAUGGAAGCUGCAGUUCCUGAGCUGUAUUCUGAUCAUGGAGUUCAAACGCUACAUCACCAGCCCUAUGUCCAGAGUCACAUAGCCAUGCCUGCAGCUUCCUUCCUGUGUGGCUGA